CAAAAUGCUACGACCGCUGUUUUCCAAACGCAGCCGCUUCCACCAGGUACCGUAUACGUUCAGAAUGUUCCGCAGGCUUCACAAGCUCAGUACACGACAAAUCAACCUACUGUAGGCGAAGUCGUUCGGCAACAGCAUCAGUUGCGACAUGUGUCCGGAGCACAGCAAGUCAUUGUGCAGCAGGUUGCUGCUUCACAAAUGAUAGUUAACGCCGGAAGUCAGUCGGCUACCGGGGCACAAGUCCGAACACAAGUAGUGCAGAACUCUCCAUUACCUGCUCAGAUCGUUUUGGCUCCCGCUCCUGUACAGCCAGCGCCGCAAAUGGUAUUUGAGGUGGUUGUUGCGCCAAGACCAACACCUGCGCAGACGGCGAAGCGACUCGAAGAGAAACGGGCUGCUAGGUUGAGUCGGUUGCGGAACUACUUUGAAGAUCUUCACGGCACUUUGGCCAAUCCGGAUACGGAAACGCCAUUCACUGACCUCCGUGACGUUUUGCAACGGUUGCUGCCCUAUCAUGCUUAUGGAGAGCCCAAUUUCAGUGAUGAACAUUUGGAGCAGUUUGAUUCUAACUAUUUGCGAGCACAAAUUAACGCCAAUGAACAACGGAAACGCCUCGAGAAACGGUUGCGAAAUGUUUUCUAUAAAGAAGCUCUGCGCACUUCUGAGAAAGAAGAAGAAAAUCUGCUGCUAUAUCUGGAUGGCGAGUAUGAAAGGCGUAAACUGGAGGAGGAAAAGGAGCUCGUGAAGCAAGGGAAUCUUGGUUAG